UCAACAACUAAAAGUCAGUCCCAAGUUUAUUCUUCAGCAGCUUCUUUCCCAGUUACUUUCUCCUUUUCUCUUCUUCUUUGGCCUCUUCAAGCCUCCAUAGAGCCUGCUGAACCUGGUUAUAUUGCCCACUUGCCCAGCUCCAGUGGCACAACACCAGCUCCGAUCCCCAUCAGCAUUUGUCCAUGGCCUGGGCAUGAAAACCUCCUCUUCCCAGUGGACCAAAAUGCCUGUGCCUCUGUAAUGCAGACACAAGACACUGAACACCAAGACCGCUACUCAGAGCUUCAGGGUCCUCCAAUGCAGAUUGGGGAGGAGUCCAAUAGUCUCAUCAGAUCCAAAAAAACUCUAAAUUCUUUAAUGGUCUCCAAGAGCCACCAGGAGCUCCACAAAGAACUGCGGAUGACCCACAAGAGGAGAGUGUCGCAAGAAGGAAAGAGUGAACUCCUGCGGGCUUUAGAGAAGAGAAAAUGGGAACAAAGGAUGAAGGCUGACAGGGAUCGGGAGGUCGCAGAGAAGAACAGAUCUCCGCUUUAUCAAGAGCUGUUGAAAAGACAUCAGAGGCUAGAAAAGCUGGAAAGAGACAAAGGACAACAGCGGGAGGGGCCAGAGUUCCUCCGAGUCAAAGAGAGGCUGAGAAGAACUGCAGUGAUGGAUGCGGGAGAAAAACAAGAGUGACAGUUAUGAUUUGUCAUUGUGUGUUGCGUGUUUUGAGUUGACAGUCAGCUCAAUAGACUGUUGGGAAUAUCUACAGGCUGUAUUAAGUCAAAAUUGGAGCUUAGGCUUUUUUUUGUCUGUCUGUUGUUGUUAAAGCUGCUCAGCAUUAAUUUGAUAAAUUAAGUCAGUCGGAUAAGGUGAAGGAAGAUGUUUGGCAGCAAAUCGCCUACAUGAUUUACAGAAGAGUGUUGCUGUUUGGACCCACAUGCUUUAAUAAUUAGAAAUUAAAGUGUGUGUAUAUAGAUUAGUGUUUCCACUUAAAUAACACCCUUAAGUCUAUAUGACUGCUAUAUAGACUGCUGAAUCUUUAUGUAAACAAUGAUGGCAGCUGAGGAGUGGAUGUGCCAUAUAUACAGUAGCUGCACAAAAUUAAAUUAUCCCCUUAAUAUGUGAUUUUUUUUAUGUGUCUGCACUAUGU